GAGGGAGGAGGAGAUGGAGGGAGGGAAUAAAAGAGGAAGGGAGGGAAGGAGGGAGAAAAGGAGGAAGAAAUAGAGGGAGGGAGGGACGGAGCGGGACAGAGGGUGGGCAGGAGGAGACAGGGAUGCUCGCAGAGCGUUUCCACCCCUCACUCCCAGCCUCAGCGCCCAGGCCCGUCCCUUCCCUCGGCCCUGACCUCACCCCGUUCCCUCGCAGGCCCCGGUGGGGACAGCGGAGCCGUCCCCAGGAUGCAGCCCCCCGCGAACGGCAGCGCGGGCCCGGACAACGCGACGCUGGACAUGCUGCGCAACCCGGCCAUCGCAGUGGCCCUGCCAGCAGUGUACUCGCUGGUGGCGCUGGUCAGCAUCCCAGGGAACCUGUUCUCGCUGUGGGUGCUGUGCCGGCGCAUCGGGCCGCGCUCCCAGUCCGUCAUCUUCAUGAUCAACCUGAGCGUCACCGACCUGAUGCUGGCCGCGGUGCUCCCGUUCCAGAUCUACUACCACUACAACCGCCACCACUGGGUGUUCGGGGUGCUCCUGUGCAACGUGGUCACGGUGGCCUUCUACGCCAACAUGUACUCCAGCAUCCUCACCAUGACCUUCAUCAGCGUGGAGCGCUUCCUGGGCGUCCUGUACCCGCUGAGCUCCAGGCGCUGGAGGCGCCGCAGGUACGCGGUGGCCGCGUGCGCCGGGACCUGGUUGCUGCUGCUGGCCGCGCUCUCUCCGUUGGCGCGCACGGACCUCACCUACCCAGUGCACGCCCUGGGCAUCGUGACCUGCUUUGACGUCCUCAAGUGGUCCAUGCUGCCCAACCUGGCCAUGUGGGCCGUGUUUCUCUUCACCAUCUUCAUCCUGCUGUUCCUCAUCCCCUUCCUGGUGACCGUGGCCUGCUACACGGCCACCAUCCUGAAGCUGCUGCGCACGGACGAGGCGCACGGCCUGGGGCAGCGGAGGCGCGCGGUGGGCCUGGCCGCGGUGGUCCUGCUGGCGUUCGUCACCUGCUUCGCCCCCAACAACUUCGUGCUCCUGGCGCACAUCGUGGGGCGUCUCUUCUACGACAGGAGCUACUACCACGUCUACAAGCUCACGCUGUGUCUCAGCUGCCUCAACAACUGCCUGGACCCGUUCGUGUAUUACUUCGCGUCCCGGGAAUUCCAGCUGCGCCUCCGGGAGUACCUGGGAUGCGCCUGGGUGUCCGCGGACCCCCUGGACGCUCUCCCAGAGAGCCUCUUCUCCGCCAGGACCACGCCUGUGCGCUCGGAGGCCGGCGCGCGCCCAGAAGGGCCAGAGGGAGCCUCCAGGCCCAGCCUCAAGAGGCAGGAGAGCGAGUUCUGAGUCCUGGGGCGCAGCUUGGAGAGCCGGGGGACGCAGCUUGGAGGGCUGGGGGACGCAGCUUGGAGGGCCGCGGGUGCAGCUUGGAGAGCCGGGGAAAGCCCCUUGGAGAGCCAGGGCACAUGGAGAACCAAGGCUCAUGGAGACGCCAUGGCCCCCGAGGUUGAGAGAGGGCAGGAGCAUCCUUCCCAGGCACUGCAGAAGCAUCGGUGGGGAAGAGGGAAGGGUCUCCAGGCUGCGUUCCUUCCAGGCAGUGCGCAGGCGCGUGGUGGGCCUGGCAGCCGUGCUGGCCUUCGUCACCUGCUUCGUGCUCCUGGCGCACAUCGUGGGGCGUCUCUUCUAUGACAGGAGCUAAUACCACGUCUACAAGCUCACGCUGUGUCUCAGCUGCCUCAACAACUGCCUGGACCCCUUCGUGUAUUACUUCGCGUCCCGGGAAUUCCAGCUGCGCCUCUGGGAGCACCUGGGAUGCGCCUGGGUGCCCGCGGAUCCCCUGGACGCUCGCCCCGAGAGCCUCUUCUCCGCCAGGACCACGUCUAUGCGCUCCGAGGCUGGCGCGCGCCCAGAGGGGCUGGAGGGAGCCUCCAGGCCCAGUCUUAAGAGGCAGGAGAGCGAGUUCUGAGUACUGGGACGCAGCUUGGAGAGCCAGGGGAAGCAGCUUGGAAAGCCGGGGACGCAGCUUGGGGAACCCGCAGCGCAGCUUGGAGAGCCAGGGGCGCAGCUUGGAGAGCCAGGGGAAGCAGCUUGGAGAGCCGGGGCGCAUGGAGAGGCCAUGGUCCCAGUCCCGGAGGUUCAGAGAGGGCAGAUACCUUCUUCCCAGGCACUGCAGACGCCAGGUGGGGAACGGUCUCCAAGCUUCACUCAUGGUAGGGAAGGAAGCAAAGCGCAGAGAGUGGCAAGGGGCGCUUUGUUCUGCUGCAGAGGGUGGCAGCUUUCGGUGGCUCUGCCUGGCAGUGCUGAGGGACAGCGUGUGCCACCAUGCCUGGCUGAUUUUUGUAUUUUUUUGCUUUUUUGAGGGGAGUUUCGCUCUUGUUGCCAGGCCGGAGUGCAGCGGCACCAUCUCAUCUCCCUCCAACCUCCACCUCUUGGGUUCAAGCGAUUCUCCUGCCUCAGCUGAAGGACAGUGUGUGCCACCAUGCCCGGCUAAUACAUAUAAAUAGGUACAUGAUAUAUGUGUGUUAUAUAAAAAUACAUAAUCUCACAAUAGGUAUAUAUUAUAUAUUUUGAAAUUAUGUAUAUAUUUUUAUAUAUUACAUGUAUUAUAUAAUAUAUAUAUUUUGAUAUUAGGUAUAUAUUAUAUAUAUAUAUAUAUAAACAUUUUUGAGAUGGAGUCUCGUUCUUGUCGUCCAGGCUGGAGUGUAGUGGUGCGAUCUCGGCUCACUGCAACCUCUGCCCCCGGAGUUCAAGUGAUUCUCCUGCCUCAGCCUCCCGAUUAGCUGGGAUUACAGGCACCCACCACCACACCCGGUUAAUUUCGUAUUUUUAGUAGAGAUGGGGUUUCUCCAUGUUGGCCUGGCUGGUCUGGAACUUCUGACCUCAGGUGAUCUGCUCACCUCGCUCUCCCAAAGUGCUGGAAUGACCAGGCAAGAGCUACCGUGCCUGGCUAUUUUUUUGUAUUUUUAGUGGAGAUGGGGUUUCACCCCCGGCUCCUUGGACCCUCCUUCUAAGUGUGGACGUUCCAGCAGCCCUGCUGCAACCACUCAGUUUCCAGCUAUUUUCACUGGGCGGCCUGCAAGCACCGUUCCCAGCUCCUCUCCUUGCUCACGCUGCCCUUUAGCUGUGGUCUGGGACUUCUCCAUUCUGCCCCUGGGGUUCUGGUCUCCGGAGCCUGGUGUACCCCAACAUUUCAAUUUCUGCCACUCAGGGUCACUGUGGUUGUUGUGGCUGUAACUCUUCUUGCAGAGGAACAAGGACAGACUAUUUCAUUUCUAAUGACUCUACCCCACGGAGGGCCUCAGCCAUCCCACAUCCGUCCAGUGUCUGGGGAGCAGGCAACGGGCCUGACCCACAAGACCAUUUGGGGACUGAAAACCAGACACAGGUGUGGACCCCAGGAACCUGCAGGCGUAUCAGCCACCGAGGCCCCCUCCCCGCGCUGUGUGAGUAGUGAGCAGGGUGUGUCUCGGUCUUUCUCCCUCGACCCCAGACACCCCUGCAUCAGCCUCAGGACCUGAGCCGCUUUGGGCAAAAGCCCAGCUCCCGCUCGCCAUGGGGGUCGGAAGGGUAUAUGGAAUUCAAUUCCAGGCUCUCCUGAGAGAAACAGGCUUCUGGAGGCUGGAAGGGGCGAGCUGGCCGUCUGCCCAGGGGCUCUAUCGUGGGUGGCUUUCAAUGCCCGGCCCCUCCGUUUCUGGGCCUGGGGGAGGCUGAUGGAGGCUGAAGCUGAUGUUCUGAGGCUGUCUGUUGCUGUCUUUUCCCUGCCAUCAUCUCUAUGGAGAGAAAACAGGGAUGGUUUAGCAGUGCAGUGACUGAUGUCCCCUCCCCCCCAAAAUUAAUGUUCUCCAUAACAUCAGGAUGGGACCGUGUUUGAAAACAGGGUCAUCACAAACGGAUUCAGAAUGGGCCCAGUCCAGUGUCCCUAUGAGAGAGUGAGGGGGAGAUGAAGACAUGAAGACAGGGGGAGGCCACGUGCAGAUGGAGUGAGUGGCCUAUGAAAGUGAUGGGGCCGCAAGCCCAGGGAUGCUGGAGCCCCCAGGAGCUGUGAGAGGCAGAAAUCUUCCUCCCCUGGACCCUCCAGAGGGAACUGGAUACAAGUGAAGUGGAUUGAACUGAUACCCCCAAAAGAUACGUUCAUGUUCUAACCCAAGAACCUGUGAAUGGAGGCAGAGACUGCAGUGAUGGGGCCAAAAGCCCAGGGAUGCUGGAGCUCCCAGGAGCCGGGAGAGGCAGGAAGCAUCCUCCCCUAGACCCUCCAGAGGGAACUGGAUACAAUUGAAGUGGAUUGAACUAUGGUACUUCCCAAAAGAUAUGUUUAUAUUGUAACCUAAGAACCUGUGAAUGGAGGCAGAGGCUGAAGUGAUGGGGCCGCAAGCCCAGGGAUGCUGGAGCCCCAGGAGCUGGAAAGGCAGGAAGGACCCUCUCCAAGACUCUCCUGAGGGAGCAGACCCCUGAGACCCCUGUACUUCAGACUUCUGCUCCCCUCCACUGCAGGAGAAUAAACGUGUGUUAAGUCCUCAGUUUCUGGGAAAUUCAUUUCAGCAGCCCCAGCAAAUGCAUACAAACACACACACGUUUAAUCCACUCUGAAGCUGUCAUGUGGGAAAGUGCAACAUGCUGGUUCCUGGAGGGGCCAUUUCGGGAGUCCCAGUGUGUCCUGGGCUGGAUGUCAGGGAGGGCCGUUUGGCCCCAAUCCCCCCAGAUGUGGUCACUCGAGUCAGAUGAGGGCUCCUGGGGUAAUAAUGCCCAUGUAAUGCUCUUGUUUCUUUUUUUUGGAGACAGGGUCUUGCUCUGUGGCCCAGGCUGGAGUGCAACGGCAUGAUCUCAGCUCACUGCGACCUCCACUUCCCAGGCUCAAGUGAUUCUCCUGCCUCAGCUUCCUGAGUACCUGGGAUUACAGGUGUCUGUCACCAUGCCUGGCUAGUGUGUGUGUGUGUGUGUGUGUGUGUGUGUAUAUAUAUAUAUUUUUUUUUUUGAGAUGAAGUC